AUGGCGACGAAGAUCGGCAUGAUGGACGCGGCGUACUUCGUCGGAAGAUCGGAGAUCCUCUCCUGGAUCAACUCCACGCUCCAACUCAACCUCUCCAAAGUCGAAGAGGCGUGCUCGGGGGCGGUGCACUGCCAGCUACUGGACUCGGUGCACCCGGGGAUGGUGCCGAUGCACAAGGUCAACUUCGACGCCAAGAGCGAGUACGAGAUGAUCCAAAACUACAAGGUCCUGCAAGACGUCUUCAACAAACUUAAGAUCACUAAGCAUAUUGAAGUGAGUAAGCUGGUGAAAGGACGGCCGCUUGAUAACUUGGAGUUCAUGCAGUGGUUGAAGCGCUACUGUGAUUCCGUUAACGGAGGCCUUGUCAAUUAUAAUCCGUUGGAAAGGAGAGAGGCUAGCAAGGGAGGAAAAGAAGCAACCAAGAAGUGUUCAUCUCAGUCAUCUGCUAAAGCUUCUGCAGCUGCUCCCAGAGUUCAGUCCUCUCACAAUGCACGAAGGAACGAGGCGCCCAACACCAACUCUUCUGGUCAGCCAAUGAAAGCUUCCAAGCCUCCUACUUCAGUGCAAGUGCCUGCAUAUGAUGAGCAGAUUACUGAGCUUAAGUUGUCAGUGGACAGCCUUGAGAAGGAGAGGGACUUUUACUUCGCAAAGUUAAGAGACAUUGAGAUUCUGUGCCAAACCCCUGAGAUCGAGAACCUAAUUGUUGUUGAAGCAGUAAAAAAGAUCUUAUAUGCUGCAGAUAAUGAUGCAUCGGUGGUGGCAGAAGCACAAGCCAUGCUGUCAGCUCAUCACCAGAAGGAACCAGAACUCUUGAGUCCUAUUGCUGAGGUGUCAACAGAGGAAACCAAUAGUUCAGAGAAUCAGAAGAGAAAGAAUAUUGUGAACCUGGACGUUGAGGCUGUUGGAAUCACAACAUUGUCACCAAGGCAAAGGCUUUCUGAUGCUACUGAUGUCCGUUGUAGUGGGUCACCUCUUAUGACUUACUGA